AUGGCUGGGGUUAGUUCCGUGGCUAUGUUGGGAGCAGGGACCCCAGUGGUGGAUCCCACCAGCCACAAUUUCUUUGGGGGGGGGGGAGUCCUGGAGUUCCUGCAACAGGCUAUGCAGCAGCUCAACACCCACAUGCAUGCAGACAGAGAAAUCCAGAUAGAGCUUUGGGAACACAUUGACAACCUAGCUACAGAACUAUGCGGAAUCAAUGAGGAUCAGAAGGUGGCCCUGGAUCUCGACCCCUGUGUUAAGAAGCUGCUGAAUACCAGGAAAAGAGUUGUCUUAGUCAACAACAUUCUACAGAACACCCAGGAACAGCUGAGGAGGCUAAGCUACAGUGUUGCCAAGGAAACAGCCCAAAGGUGA